AUGGAGAGUUUCGAUAAUGUAGUGCGGCCUCUUAAAACACUACUCGAAAGCGAGGAGCAGGGUUCAGCAGAUGGAGCUAUUCCCUCGGAGCCAGCACCUCGUAAUAUCGACAUCAAAGACACCAAACAGAAUGGCAACGGUGUGCCAUUCGUGGAGCAUUUAGCUAGUCGCGACCCUUCCCACAAUGUACCAAUGUUUGACGAGGAUACGGAGGGUGGAGAUGAGGAGCCUAAUGUCGCCAAUUCAUUCGAACGGACUUCUUCCCCUUCGACGGGCGCCCAGCGAAGUCGGUAUUUUCUCGAUGGGAAAGUAGGAGAUGAUUGGGUCUCCAGAAUGCACAAGUUCUCGUUAUAUGAAACUUCAACGCGGUAUUACAUGGUGGGCAUGGAUCUGUUGGAGCAACGAUUCCGGAUCCUGAAGAUCGAGCGCACUUCUGCGGUGGAUGAUCUCAAUAUCUCAGAAGACGAUACUGUUUAUACCAAAAGCGAAAUGAAUCAUCUUCUGGAUGCAGUUGAUGAUGGAAACAAAAGCUCUGGCGGCUUAAAGCUUAGAUGUAGUUCCUGGGGCCUCCUGGGUUUCAUUAGGUUCACUGGGCCAUACUACAUGAUUUUGGUCACCAGGAGAAGUCAAGUUGCAAUGAUUGGCGGGCAUUAUAUCUACCAGAUUGACGGCACGGAACUUAUACCAUUAACAUCUACAACAUCAACCCGAACAAAAUCUGAAAAAAGUGCCGAGGAGGCAAGGUUCAUAACUAUUAUGAGUAAUGUCGAUUUAACACGAUCAUUCUACUUCAGUUACUCUUACAACAUCACCCGCACUCUACAGCGAAAUAUUUCCCAUGAACGACAGAGACUUCAGAAAGGGCCUUCUGAUGGUCGCAACGUUGACCAUAAUACAAUGUUUGUGUGGAAUUAUUAUAUGUUGGAGCCUGUGGUCUCCCUUUUAAAGAAUGCAUUUGAUUGGUGUCUCCCAAUCAUACAUGGAUAUGUUGAUCAGUCGAUGAUAUCCGUAUACGGAAGGCUGGUAUAUGUGACAAUUAUUGCCCGGCGGUCUAGGUUUUUUGCAGGAGCACGCUUUCUAAAGCGUGGCGCGAACGAUCUUGGUUACGUCGCAAACGAUGUUGAAACCGAACAGAUUGUGUCGGAAAUGCUGACCACCUCCUUCCACUCCCCCGGACCGAAACUUUAUGCAAAUCCCCAAUACACUUCUUAUGUGCAACAUCGUGGGAGUAUCCCUUUGCACUGGACGCAGGAUAGCACUGGUGUCAGCCCGAAGCCCGAUAUUGAGUUGAGUCUUGUUGACCCGUUCUAUUCAGCUGCUGCUCUUCAUUUCAACAACCUCUUCGAGCGAUAUGGCGCACCUGUGUACGUCCUGAACCUUAUCAAAGCCAGGGAGAGAGUUCCGCGGGAAUCCAAACUACUUACGGAAUUUACAAAUGCCAUUACUUAUUUAAAUCAAUUUCUUCCCGAAGAUAAAAAAAUUCUGUACAAGGCUUGGGACAUGAGUCGUGCAUCAAAGAGUCGUGACCAAGAUGUGAUCGGCACCUUAGAGGACAUUGCUGAGGACAUUAUACCAGAGACAGGGUUCUUCCGGAACGGCGAUGAUAUUGAAUCUGGGUUGCGAUUGCAAAAUGGCGUUGCAAGAACAAAUUGCAUCGACUGCCUCGACCGAACAAAUGCUGCCCAGUUUGUCAUUGGGAAACGAGCACUUGGAUAUCAACUCCAUGCUUUAGGGAUUAUCGACGGGACAUCCGUUCAGUAUGACACUGAUGCUAUGAACUUGUUCACAGCCAUGUGGCAUCAUCAUGGAGAUACAAUAGCUGUUCAAUACGGCGGAUCUCACCUUGUGAACACUAUGGCAACUUAUAGAAAAAUCAAUCAAUGGACAGGUCAUUCCAGGGAUAUGGUUGAAAGCGUUAAACGAUAUUACAACAAUUCCUUUCUCGAUGCGCAGCGCCAGGAGGCAUACAACUUAUUCCUAGGGAACUACAUAUUCUCCCAGAGCCAGCCCAUGCUGUGGGAACUCGCCACAGAUUAUUAUCUCCAUCAUUCAGAUCCACGAGUGCGGUCGAACAAGUGUAAUUACAUUGACUGGUUCAACCCGGAGUACUUGAAGCCUCAAGAAACAUCCUGGGCUGUGACUCCACAAGAUGUAGAGAAGCCCCAGGUCGACAACUACGAUGACUACUGGCUGGAAUACUACCGCCCCUUGGCCAUCUCCUCCUUCUCCAAAAUUUUCUCUAACAAGAUGAAAUCAACAAUACGUUAUCUUCCUUUCCGAUCGAUCCAAGACCCUCAGUACGAUCUAAGUCCAUUUGUCGUACGAGUAAUCAACGAACCCGAUGGUCGUGAGAAGAAACAAUCCCAGCGAAAAGGCGUGACUAUCCAAGAACCAUCAGACCUCCUAAGUGAAGAUCCAUGGUCCACGAGUUCACGCAUCGAUUCAUCUGCCGUCUCCAGACCUAUCCAGAACUGGCUUCAACAACCGCCAUCUGCCGAGAAAUACCCACCCCAGGCUGGCAUAACAAAACUACCCCGUUUCGAAUUUCCGGACGACGUAGCAACCUACAAUGCCAACCACUCACGUACUCCCAGUAAAUCCCAACUCAUCCAAUGGAGCCUAGACGAGCUAGUGUACGAAUCACUUCACCCAUCAGUCUCAGCUGUGGAAGCAGAAGAGUACGAACGCUACAUAAAUCACCCUCUCAAAGUUCCCCUUGUAGUGACUUCAGAGGACACGUUGGCUGCCGCAUCGCUGGCGGAGCGUGGAUCAAAUCUUGAUCUCUUCGAGUACGCUAACAAAUGCACAGUGGACGAUGCGAACUUGGACUUGUUAGCGGAAGAUAAUUUACCAGACUAUCUUGAGUUUGUCAAUGUAAAUGAGGAAGGAUUGACGGUUAUAGCAGAGGACCAUAAUAAGAAGAGGUACAAGCGUUAUCGACAAUGGUUGAGAGGGAAAAGCCUGUUCAAGCAGCGAGUGGAUUCAUGA